CACUUGCUUUGCUUACUGGGUGUUUGAUAGAAAACCUCAUAAGUAUUCUCACCAGAAAGGGGUGAAAGUAGUAUGGAUUCCACAAUGGAAGAUGAAGAAGAGAUUCAAUUGUUGGCCAUGCAAAUGGUUAGUGCUUCUGUUUUGCCCAUGGUAUUGAAAGCAGCUAUGGAUCUUCAUGUAUUGGAUAUAAUAGCCGAAGCUGGUCCCGGCGCAUGCCUCUCCCCUCUAGGCAUCGCAUCUCGGCUCCCCACUCAGAACCCAGAUGCACCCGGUCUCCUCGAUCGUAUGCUGCGUCUUCUGGCUUCCCACCCUCUUCUCACUUGCACUGUCCUCAGCCAUGAUCAUAGGAUCUAUGGCUUGGCACCUGCUUCCAAACUGUUUGUUGAGGACAAGGAUGGAGGGUCCUUGGCUCCCAUGUUUCAUAUUACCCAGGAUCACGUUUUCAUCCAGAGCUGGUACCAUUUGAAGGAAUCAAUUCUAGAAGGAGGUGGACUUCCAUUCUACAAGGCACAUGGAGAGAACGUAGUGGACUACCUUGGGAAGGACCCUAAACUGAAGGAGGUUUUUGGAAGCUUACUGUUGGAAUACAAUGUCCCCUUCAUGAAGAAGGUUCUUGACACAUACAAAGGGUUUGAAGGGCUGCGAGUUCUGGUUGAUGUAGGCGGAGGGAAUGGACAACUUCUCAGCAUGAUCAUCUCCAAAUAUCCAUCCAUAAAGGGCAUCAACUUCGAUCUGCCUCAUGUCAUAGAAAGAGCUUCCCCUUGUUCAGGUGUGGAACAUGUUGGAGGAGAUAUGUUUACAAGUAUCCCGAAAGGAGAUGCAAUUUUUAUGAAGAAUAUAAUUCACUGUUGAAGUGAUGAAAACUGCUUGAAGCUGCUAAAAAGUUGCUAUGAAGCAUUACCAGAAUAUGGAAAGGUGAUUGUUGUGGAUUUGAUUGCUCCAACCUCCCUAGAGACAAAUGUUGCUACUCAAGGCAUCUUACAAAUGGAAAUGUUCAUUGCAAAUAUGAUGAACGCUACAGGAAAGGAGAGGACAAAAGAAGAAUUUUCUGCUUUAGCAAGAGAAGCUGGAUUUGCUGGUAUUAA